AUGCUGCGUUACUUCGCCCUCAUGCUGGUCGCACUUGCCUGGUGUACCCUAGCCAUACCUCUCACCGACGUCACCGACCCAAAUCUUGCUCCUUGGAACGCUCUCGGAAUCGGCGCUGACGAUGCGGCAAACUUCGCCGCUUCCGGCGUGAGUCCCAUGGAAGGCGCACAAAUCAUCGCGACCGAACAAGCCCUUUUCAAUGGUACAGUCGCUGUGGCACUACGAAAGCGCCCCCCGCUUAUAGAAGCUGCAGGAACGCAAUUGAGCAAUGUUCCCGGCGCAUACUCUCUGGCAGAGGCUAUGGGCUUGGGUAUGAGCAACGCUGCCACUGCUGACGGGACCAACCUCAAGAUGGUGAUCAUCGUGGGUUGGCGACGUCAACACGUGGGCAUCACCUGGCAGAAACUAAGCUUCCUAUCCUUUGCCCCCGCAUAUAUCGACCUUUCAACGCGAUUUCGAGACGUUCUCUGGGAAUUGUGCCCUAAAGAUGCGGUAGGCGAUGGGUGCAGCUACCUUGAAGAGAAGAAACUAGAAAAUAUUUAUUACAAUACUGGUACAAGUGGAGCUAUCCGUAUCAAGGUAGCCAGUGUUGAGAUGCCUUCCAACUUGCGCGACUUUUUCGUCAACACGCUGUGGGGGGUCUUCAAGGUGAUCACGGAAUGUGACAAGAACCGCUAUCAGCUUCGGGGUUUCGGCGGAGGAUUUGAAGCGUGUAGGGAGUUUGCCAACAGCGCCGAUCAGAUUGAAGUGCGACUCCUGAACACUCGCGGGCCUAGCGAUAGAGUCGGGAUCUACAAAGACCCCCACUUGCGCGUCAAUAUCAAGUGGGACGCCGCGACUACAGAAGGUCCCUUCGACUGUGUGGGCAGCCAAUCAUCAAUCUGGGACCAAGUCCGAGGGAAGAUGGUACCUGAACUCCAGAAGAUCGACGCAUACAAGAACGCUCCGGUGGACUUUGACGUGCUUUGCGUCACGCAACGCGUUGACGGAGGCUGUUUUACUCGGGACAUCUGCAAGGGAGAUUCCCGCUGGGACGACAAAGAUGGUUCUUGCACUUGGCAUGACAAGUGCUCAACUCCAGGACACUGUAACUUUGGCUUUUGA